AUGUUUGUUUACAUCCUGAGCCCCAGAUUCCUCGUCCCGCCGCGUCGACGUCACCACUUCGGCCCGCCCACCAGAAUCCGCGCGAAACACAGUCGACGAGGCGCUCAUGCCCGCUUCAGCCGCCAUCACUCUAGCGUCCUCCCUCAAGCGGCCUCUGCGCUCCGACGCCCUGGCGAUCUCCUCAGCCAGAACCUCCGACGUCCAUUCACACAUGGCUACGUGGUGCCCGACCUGCACAAGCGUCUGUCCCACGGGCGUCAGCUGAAGAUCUACCUCCCGAAGAGUGCUGAGAAGCUGGAGUUCACCCCUGCUGCAGAGCCCCUGAAGACAUACCAGUACUGGGACCGUGGAUCCCGGUCCACUAGGGGAAAAGUGUCUGGGACAGGAGCCGACAGGAGCUGGUAUCUGGACCAAGUGACUUACAAUGACCAGGGGACCUAUGUCCAGAGAGACUACUGGAACAAGGAGAUCUCCUCGCUCAAAGUGGCUGUGACCACCAGGCGCGAGUACACAAAGUGCGUGGCGGGCGAGGAACUCCACAUCUCAUUGGAGGGCAUCAACCAGGCCGACGCCACGCUCUCCUUCUCAGGCGCCAACGUCAACGUCACCCUGGUGGAUGAUGGGGCAGUGGUGGCCCAGGACCUCCCGGACUACUGGAACCGGGUCAAGUCCCUUUCCACCAAGAUCAGCAUCCAGAAGGUCAACGCCUCGGACGUGGGANAGUCCCUUUCCACCAAGAUCAGCAUCCAGAAGGUCAACGCCUCGGACGUGGGCCACUACACGCUGAAGGACACGAGAGACCGGGUGGUCUCCAUCGUCAGGAUGGAACUCACAGACAAACAUGAGAAUGAAGCAGGCAACCCCCUCAUGGCCCUCCUCCUCCUGCUUGGUAUCCCCGCCAGUAUCUGCUUCUGUUGCCGGAAGAGGAUCUUCAAGAACAAAUCCCCCGACACCACCGCCAUCCAACUGGACAACCCCGAGACUCUGCACCCCCCUCCCGGCUACAACACGCCCGGAGGAGGGGUGUCCCCUGGACCUGGUGUCCCGACGUUCUAUCAUGGCCCAGGCCCAGAUCCUAACAUGGGAGGUUACCCUCAGGCUUACCCUCCCCCCAACCCUGGGAUGCCAGGCCAGCCUCAAUGGACCGGACCCCCACCUCAACCAGGCUUCAACCCAGGCUACCCCCCCCAGGACCCUAUGUACCCCCCUGCCCAGCCCCCACAGUGGAAUGGCCCACCACCCAACCAGCCACAGUACAACCCUGGUGUUCCUCCGAUGGGGUAUGCGCCGGUGAUGUACAGCGCCCCCUCAGGGAAGGAGGAGAUAAAGAUGGAGAACAUGUCUCCUGCUGAUCCCCUCCUUGCCCAUCCACCACCCCAGGUCCCCCCGCCCGCCUCUGAAGCUCUGCACUCCACAGACGGAGCCUUCCAGGUCAACAUUGACACAGGGAAAAACGCCCGCACCAACUUCCUGUAGAACGCCUGUCGUCGGUCCAAUCGGGAGCGGCCUUAGUAAUGUUUCCACAGCUCCGUCCCGAAUACAGUGCAAUGGCUUCCUUUCUCCUCUCCUUGACUGUGACCACUUCUAUAACGGGGUAGGGAUAGGAGUGGAAGCAGUAUGUUGUAGAUGUAGCUGUGACCUAGACAUUGCCCCUCAGUUCCCCUAUCCAGCCUUUUCUGGUGAGUGUUGUACUGUUUUCUGACAUAGGACAUAUUAUUAUACCUUUUUAAAAAGGCAUAUUUAGAUGACCCCUGUUAAACCAUGGGGCCUGUUUGCCAUUCAAAUUAGGGAGGUGUUAAACAAUGGAAGUGUUAAUGAAUUUCCCUGCAAAAAAACAGGUUUCAUUACUAGGUCUCGGUGGUUUUUAAAUGUACCCAUGUUUUUUUUUUUACUCCCUACCCCUUUCACAUAUACAAAAAAGAAAGUAACCAAAUGUAAAAAGAAGGGUUUUUGUCUCUGUGUAAAUGGGAUAUUAGUAAAGGAAAGGAGAUUAUUUAAAAGGACUAUUUCCUGUAUAGCUGUGAUGAAGUCAUUCAAAAUGUCUGGGGGGGAAAAAACUUGUCUGAAACCGAAUCAGAGGCCAUGAUCCCUACCCUUCUCCAGAAGUGUGCGCUGACUCACUCCCUCUCAAGCAUUUAAGCAUUGGAUUAGUGCAAAAAAUGGCUUGAGGGAGUUUCCACCAUAUUCCCAGUCCAUUUAUUUUUUAGAAGUGGAGUGGACAAGAGAUUUGGAAUGUAGCCAGUGUGUAGCCCAUAGAGAAUGAGAGGCCGCUAGUGGCCAAAAGGCAGUAUUGGCAUGGGCAGCGCCAUUGAGGGCUUCCACCAAUUUAAUGUAUGGCAUCUAUCAAACACUGGUUGUGUUCCUCUGCUGAGACGUUGCAUGCAUCAACCAAUGGUUGCGUGCCACGUCAUCGAUUGUGCCGUCGUGCACAGUCGAUAACAUGUGGUUAGCUGAUAAGUAAAAUAGCUAUCCAAGAGCUGUAAGAUCUGGCAUUCGUCAGCAAUGUCUGAGGAGAGGAACACAACCGAUAACUGCCUUUCAGGGUUCUACUGGAACCAAAAAGGGUUCUACCUGGAACCAAAAAUAGAGACAGCCGAAGAACCUUUUUGGAAAUGUUUUUCUAAGUGUAUCAUAAUCCAAUCAGAACCCACAUCACUCCUAAUCAUGCAAUCAGAAGGCGCUAGGACAACUCAUCAUCCACUCAGGGUAGACCAAGUAAAGCUCUCCGCCAGUCAGGUAGUUACUUCCUGUUGUGUAUAUUUAAACAGUUGUGGGUGUGUGUGUAUAUAUAUAUGCAAAUACAAUCAGAAAUGCCUUUACUUGCCAAACGUAUAGCCGUUUGUCAUUAUAUGCAUGGUGCAUCAUUUUAGUUCUACAUAUGAAACUACUGUCAUUUCAACAGUAGAGUCAAAUAACUGUUUAGGCAGCUUAUUAAUACACUGGGAGGGCGCUAUUUUAUUAAGAUGUUAUACAUCGUCUGCAUCCCCCUCAAAAGUAGUGUACUAUAGGGUGCCAUUUGCAACACAUGUCUUGGUUUAAAAGAAGGCACAUUUUGGUAUUUAAAUAUAAAAUCCUAUUAUCGUAUUUAAUGUAUUUUAAAUAAUGAAGCACUCCUGAAGGUUUUACAGGCAGUGGGCGCGUUCGAGCGGAUCACUUUUGUCAAGUCGGUGGCCAUCGCUGGUCACCACCUUUUCAAAGUGUGAUGCAUUAUGGGGAUAAAAAUGAUCCCACAUAUGAACUUGACAAAAACCAUGUGGUCAAAGGUCAUGAAGUUGACUGCAAGUUUCUGCAGUUGCUCUUCGCCAACUUCAGCCUGCAGCCAUCACCUGCAUUGUGGAGGCUCUAUUGUCAACCAAUCAUUAGGGUGUUUUUGUUUGACCCACACGAACGUGACCAAAGACAUGACUGAAACAGGAACCAACUUUGCCUUGAUUUAUGUAUACAGUGGAUAUAUACAGAAUGAAUGUGACACGAGUGUCUCUCUCAUUGUUUGUACAAAGUACACACAUGAUUUCAAAUUAUGAUUGUGUGAUAUGGGAGUUGGAAACAUGAUUGUUUUAACGUUUAUAAAGAAAUACUUUUAUAACAACGGCAACACUGCUAUGUUCAUCUGAGAUUUGUUGUAAAACCACGUGUCCAACUUUAGGCGGUCGCAGUUGCUCCUCCCCCAAUUUCAACUCCUCGAAUUUCAUCUCGUCGUUUGCUUAAGCCUUACCACGCAAACGCAUCCAGUGCCUUCAUCUCCUCUGUCAAGGGGAGAUUGUCCUGGGGUGUAUUCAUAAGUGCACAAUGCAAACAGUAGAAAAACUUUCUGCAAUGGAAACAAGCAUUUCUUUUUGGGGGACAAAUUCAGUUAGUCCCUACCCGUUACAACCUGGUUGCUUCCUUUAGGUUCCUAAUGAGUGUACAAUCUAGAAGAAAAUUGCCACCUUAUAUACUUUGUAGAAGUUACAAAACCUCCAGGGCGCCCUAUUGUAGCGGGCAUUGAUGCAGUAACAGCCCCUCUGUUUACUUUUUUAUUAGACCACUCGCCGAACAGCUCCCCUAGAGGACACCAGCAGUAUGAUCUCUAUUAUUGAAUCUCUUGAUCCUCUCCCUGAGAAUACCUUGUUAGUUACUUUUGAUGUUGAGUCGUUAUACACGAAUAUUCCACACGAGCAGUAUUGAAGCUAUGGAACAUUUCCUUCUGCAACAUGACCCUAAUGAACUACCUUCCAGUGCCUGCAUUAUAACAUUGGCUAAAAUAGUACUCACUCACACAACUAUUUCAUGUUUCUAAAUUAUUUCUUUAUUCAGACGAAGGGUACUGCUAUGGGAUCCCCAAGGCUCCUAAUUAUGCUAAUUUGUAUGUGGGUUACAUGGAGGAACGGUCUAUUUUCAGUCCUCUCAAAUGUUUUCUUGCCUAACAUUAUUUGGAAACGGUAUAUUGAUAUUUUUGUUCUAUGGAGGGGUGAUGCAAAACAGCUCCAGGCAUUCCAUGCUUUUCUUAACUCCUGUUCUGAACAUUUGAGAUUUACUAUGCAAUCUGAUACACGUCAAAUCAGUUCUCUUGAUCUAAUGUUCUAUACACUGAUCUUUACAGGAAACCUACUGAUCGUAACAGUUUGAGGGCUGAUAGUUGUCACCCACUUCUCUUGAAAAAUAGUUUGCCCUACAGCAAAUUCUGUCGAAUCAAAAGAAUUUGCAAAAAACAAUCAGAUUUCGACAGAAAUAUGGCCGAGUCGCAAAGAAAAUUCAAGGAGAGGGGGUACAAAAAUGAUCAGAUUAAUUUUGCCAUUGAGCAAAUUCAAAACAAAACAUUUUUUUCAAGGUCAGUCUCGCAAAAAUACGCAUUUUUGCGUUCUAACUACCCGCUAUUCAAAGUGCUCUGAACAAAUUAAGGAAAUCGUUCAAACAUUGGCACAUUCUAAAAUCCGAUGACAAUCUCGGUCAUGUGUUUUCGGACCUUCCCUUGGUCGUAUUCUCGCCGGGCAGAAAUCUCAGAGACCAAUUGGUACACUGAUUUACCACCCCAAGAUAUUCCCGACCAACGUCUAUUUGCGCCCCCUACUGAAUAUAAAUUACAAAUGUAAUGGCUGUGCUCAAUGCAAUGGCACUUAUAAAUGUAGACCCUUCUGUAAUAUUUGUGUUGUGGAGAAAUGACCAGACAGGAGACAGGAGUACAGUCAGAUUUUGAGGAGGGCAUAUGAGGUAUGCGGUCAGCUGUAGGGCUGGCUCAGGGAAGAGGACGCCCCUGCCUUGCAUAGUCCCGUGGGAAAUCUUAAUUGGGCACGGAACACAAGCUAAGGCUUGAUCACCCUUUAGCUGGCCACCUUUGAGGGUGUUUAGUGAUUAAAGGCCGAAACACCCACUGAUUCGAAGGCACACUACUGAGGAUGUGUCCCAAAAUUGACAUCUUAACCCAGUCUAAGAAAUAAACCUCCCAUGCCACUCUGUCAACAUCACGGCAAAUCUCAUGUGAGUGCAUACCAUCUAUUGGCACAAUGGACAGUUUUAACAUCUCAUCCCGUGUUUUAUGAUUCGUUUAGUCAAAACCUCGUGCUCUACAGUUCCCGGCACAAUAGUGCGCAUGUGCAGUUCCUAUUAUGUGUAGUAACGUAACAAUGCCGUAAUACAUCACUGCCUAGUAACAGCAUAGUAACUAAUAUAAACAGAUGUAGAUCCCAGAUACUACACCUUCAAAAACCUACAAACAGGGACAUCGAUCCCCAUCAAAGGUAGGUAUUUAUCUUAUAACUUGUCCUUGUGGUAAAAAUUGUGGGUAAAACAAAGCGCAAAUUAAAAGUACGUAUCUCAGAUCGUCGUAGCACCAUUAGUUGCAAAAACUUGGCUUACCCAGUUGCGGCCCACUUUUUGGAAGCAAACCACUCGAUUUCGUCUCUGCAUUAUAUUGGCAUUGAACAUGUCACCCUCCCUAGGAGAGCGGGUGACCUUGAUCACCUUGAUCAUUUAUUGUUAAAACGAGAGGCUGCCUGGAUCUUUAUUUUAAAGACCCUUGCUCCCUUUGGUCUCAACGUAGACUUUGAUCUGAAGCCAUUCUUGUGAUUGUGACUUUGCCAUUGUAAUUGGUUGUAAGCUUGUGUAGUCUAAAAUGAAUCUAUGACCAUAUGCUAUCCAUUUGUUUUUUUGUAUGGUGUUCUUUGUAUGCCAUUUUUUUUUGAGAAUUAACCAAUGAUAUUUAUCCAUGAUUAGACAUCUGUGUCUUUUGACACUAUAAACGAGUCAUACCGCAGUGUUUGUGAUUAUACCCUGAUGAAGACAGCUUGGCUGUCAACGUUGGACAUUACAUUUUUGCAUCUGAGCUCCUAGAGUGUGCGGCUCUCCUUUUGCUUUCAAGUUUCCUAAUGAAUGUACCCCUGGUCAGCUCAAGGGGACAGGAAAAAUAAUUUUACAUGAUUAGAUUCAGGGACAGGUCAUUUCCUAACCAUGUAACCAGAACAGGAAAAACUCCUGGCCCUAGUUGGUCAAGGGGAUAAUCUCAAUUGGAGAAGGUCAGAUGCCGCUUGAUCACGCUUAAACUUUGAGUCACUUUUAAAACGUUCUUCCAGAACUGCUUUUCUCACCAACUGUCUCAUCCCCCUACACGCACAUGCUUUAAAAGGAAUGGACAGAUCUCAAAUGUAGGUAAUAGGAAGUGUGUAUCCGUUUGUUUUAUGAGAACUUAUUUGUGUUGUAUGCCACCAUAACUGGAAAGGAGUGAGAAUGAAAGGUGAUCAGUGUAGACAUAAAGAAAACAUGAUUUCCAACGCCAUAUCAUUAGACAUUAUGGAAUGUUUAGUGUUUCUAUUCUACGAAUAUCAAAAGCAUUUAUAGUAGAAUAGUCUGUAGGACAUGCCUAUAUCCACCUCAAUAAACAGAAAAGACCA